GCCAUCAGGGUUUUGGCGUCUAGUUUACCAAAAUUGACGUGCAAAUCUAUCGGAUAUUUUCUAUACUGAGACUUGCACGUUAUAGCAUCUAUUGUCGAUUCUGGAUAUCUGGAUAAAGCGCCGUGCCUCUUUAGGGCUACAUUCUUGAUGGCUUCUGCAAGUGACAUGCACGUGGAGCAGAACGUUGCCUACUACCUUUCACCAGUCGGUCUUAUCAAAAUUCAAGCGUCUGCAAAGGGCAUCACAUCUCUUAAAAUUGUCAAAGACAAGAGCCACGCCCACAGCUUAAUAGAGGAACACAGACUCGAGACUCUGCACAACUGCACAAAUCCGAGUCACAACAAGAAACUGGAUGAGGCAUUGAAAUGGCUCGAGGAGUAUUUCUGUAGACCGGAAGAGCUUAGGAAAGAUGGAUGCCGAAGGUUGCCUCCACUUGAUUUGCCGAUGGGAGGCAACUUUGUGAGGAAAGUGUGGUUGACGCUUGCAGACCACGUGCCACUUGGUCGCACGACAACUUAUGGUGAGCUUGCCCAGUUGGCUGGACGUCCUGCAGCUUCUCGUGCCGCUGGUCAAGCCAUGAGGACAAAUCCGGUAUCGAUUAUUGUGCCUUGUCAUCGAGUGUUGCCGAAGAGUGGAGGAGUGGGGAGAUACAGUGGAGGAGAAGGGAGUGUCACAAAACAGUGGCUUUUAGAUCACGAGAGGGUGUGUGGUGAUAUGAAACAUGCUAAAUGAGUAGCAUGUGACUCGAUAGUCUGGCAUCAUGACUAUGCUAAAACUGGUUAUUAAUUUUAUUAAUUAGAAUGGUAGCACUAGGGCGCACUAGCACUGUUUAUAAGGAAAUGGAACAGUUUCUAGAGUAAAGUAGGUGCAUAAGUAAUGUCGUUGACUGUUGAGUUGUUGAAUCUUGAAGGUACACACACAGUACAUGAUUGUAUGCAUGCCAGGAUGCCUUUGAUAAGAAAGUUUUGAGAAUUAUUAAAAUAAGACGAAAAAGAUUUAACAAAAAUGGAAA